UUUCCCUUCUCCAUAAAUUCAGGCAAAACUCCCAGCUUGUGUGUUGUUCUGUUCGUUUCAUUGACAUGGCACUUUAGCCCCACAGCCAGAGAAGGCGCUGUGAUGUGGCGCGGAAGGCGAAGUGUUUAUAUUUUCGUCGCAAACCGCUUUUCGUACUUCCUCGGCUCCUGGCGGAGAAGGCGAGGUGGCGCCUCACUUCCGCCCGGCCUUUGCCCAGCCUUCCAAGCCAUGCCUUUGCCCAGCUCGGCGGUGGCCUUCCGCAGGAUCCUCGCCCAUUUCCCCCCGGAGCUCAGCCUCGCCUUCGCCUAUGGCUCCGGGGUCUUCCAGCAGGCGGGGGCCUCCUCCGCGGAGACGGGGAACAACAUGCUGGACUUUGUGUUUGCAGUCGAUAAUUCUGUUACAUGGCAUACGACAAACCUGUCCAAAAAUCGGAACCAUUAUUCCUUCCUAAAAUAUUUUGGGCCAAAACUAAUCGCUAACAUCCAGAAUUAUGGAGCAGGGAUUUACUACAAUACACUAGUGCCUUGUAAUGGCAGGGUUAUCAAAUAUGGCGUCAUUCGUACAGAUGCCCUAAUUGAAGAUUUGCUUCACUGGAAGACUCUGUAUGUAGCUGGGCGUCUACAAAAGCCGGUCAAAAUCCUUACACAGAGUGAGAAUCUGAAGUUGCAGCUUGCCCUCACUAGCAACUUGAAGAGUGCCAUCACAGCAGCCUUUCUGAUGCUGCCUGAGAGUUUUUCUGAAGAAGAUCUUUAUAUGCAGAUUGCUGGACUCUCGUAUAGUGGUGACUUCAGAAUGAUCAUUGGAGAAGAUAAGUCAAAGGUGAUGAACAUAGUGAAGCCAAACAUGUUACAUUUUCAGAAACUGUACAGUAACAUUUUGGAAGAUUGCCCACAAGUGGUGUACAAGCAUCAGAUGGGCAAGCUGGAGAUAGAUAAGAGCCCCGAAGGUCAAUUUGCACAGCUAAUGGCUCUCCCAAGGACACUGCAGCAGCAAAUAACAUCUCUCAUGGACCCUCCAGGGAAGAACAGGGAUGUGGAAGAAAUUUUAUUGCAAGUCGCCCAUGACCCUGACUGUGGGUUAGUGGUACAUCAGGGCAUUUCAGGAAUUGUGAGAUCGUCCAGCCUAAUUCAGACUGCUAAAACUGCCCUAACAGCUGGUUUAUGGGCUCCCUGCAUGAAGUGCAUUGAUGGUAGCAGUCCAGGAGAUGCCUUAGAAAUAGGUUUGAUUGGAAUGAAAAAGUCGGUGACCUACAGCAUGAAGAAACUCUACAAAAUGACAAAAGGAUGGCUAAGAAGGAGGUGAUGACUGUGGGUUUGGACCUCUUCAAAGCAAUCAGCUGAUCUUCUUAUGGAUAAAGGCUGUUCCAAUUCUUCAAGAAGUUGCAUCACCUUGCCUUGGAAAAUUUAGAAUAUGCAGAAACUUGUUUGUGCUAUUUAUACACGGACAGGCUUGCAGAGAAGAUAAACAGAAGUCUUCAUUUGCUGCUUCCUCGAAGAAUAUCUGGAAAGGGGUUUCCCCUCAAUGCCUGUUAGAACAGUUUCUUUUCUGCCUUUCCAGAGUCAACUGGUUUUAAGUGUGUGUUGUGUAUGUAAUUAUGGCUUUUAAGUCCUUCAGAAUAUCCUUUAUCACACAUUCUGAAAUUUUUGAAUUCUCUCUGAUACUGUUUUUGUAUUCUUUUGCAAGAGUGACUAUUAUUUCAUCUUUGACUUGGCCAAAAGCUCAUGAUGGUCUACUCGUACAGCUUUAAGAAACACUGGAAUGGUUGGACUGUGUGCUUUUCUUUGUAGCUCUCUGCUGUGCAGAGUGUUGUGUCAAGUGAUGUUGCAAAAAGGUCAGCCAUUUGUUUUUAAGACAUAGUUGACAGCAGCAUAAAUCACAGCCAAAUAUUGGAGAGUGGGUCAUAUUUCAAAAUAAGGGCUGGUUAUAGCUGAGCUUUUGGGUCCAAUAAUGUGUGUGGAUGCAUAAUUUAAAGAUUCUGGGAUAUUGCCACUUCAGAGGGCUUUUAAUGUCAGCCUGUGGUUAAAACCAGGGGACUGUUUUCUUGUUACAGGCUGCUUUCAUUCAUCAGUACCCCAAAUUUACUGCCUCCCAAAGGAAGACAUUUGUUUGUUUGUUUCAAAGCUGAUGUAGCCAACUCUCCAAUGAAAGACGUAUAGCUAUUCUUAAUGCACUUUUUUAUUAAAAGGGGAUUCAAAUAAUGGCAGUAAUCCCAAUAUAUACAUUGUUUCAAUGAGUACAUUUUGAUUUGUUUCUCUUGGCUAUUUCUUGUCUAUUUCAUGCUCUCCUCCCACAAUAAAGUUGUUUUUUCAUAUAAAUGUUUUUAUUUGCAUAGAUGUUCACUACAGUGAGAAGAGCAAUGUCAGCAAGAUGUGUUUUAGGGCUUUUCUGCUGGUGGUCCAACAAACAUUGUAAGUCUGAGGCAGAGAAAUAGGAAAGGGAUCUACUAAAAAGUUACACCACGAUAAAUAGCAUCACGAUUCCUUUUGGCUAGGUUGUAAUCCAACCUCCAUUCCCAAGGUUUAAGAAAAUAUAUGUAGAUUGGAGGUUCAAAUUGGUACAAGUGCCUGAAAAUUGGUAAUAGCGAUUUUUCAAGGAAUUUAAAUUUAAAUGAAUGUGGUAAUAUGAAAAAAUCAAUCACAAAGAGAGCAAUAUUUCAUAAAAACAAUGCUGUGGAAAUUCUCACAUGGAAGUGAUGACUUAAAUUAUUUCAAUAUUUUGUUUUUGUGGUAGAAUAAAUCACUUAUAUUUUUA